AUGCGUUUCGGCAGAGAGGAACUAUUGAUUCAGGUAUAUGUCAGAGACUUAUUAGUAUUAGUUCUUCAAAAACAGAACACUUCUAAAAAUUCAUUAAGAAAAUUGUUCGAUCAACUUGAGAGUAAACUGCGAUCACUUGAAUUAUUAGGUGUUACUAGGGAAAAAUAUGCUGCAAUGCUUUUUCCACUAGUUGAAUCAUCAUUACCCGAAGAAACUCUUGUUGCUUGGCAGCGCUAUAGAUCUGCUCAUCGUAGAAUUCGAGAAGUGAAUUUAGAUGAUUCAGACGAAAGUAAAACUAUAAUUGAGAAAAGUGAUUUAGAAUGCAUUUUAGAAUUUUUACAAGCCGAAGUCGAAGCUGAAGAACGCAUUUUUUUAGCCUCUCAAAGUUUCAACACAUCGAAACCAAAAGCAGAAGUAAAACAUAAUCUUUCCUAUGAGAAAAAGGUAAUAGAGAACAAAUGUAAGAGUAGAAAGUUUUCAAAUAUACCUAGUGCAACAGACCUUCUAACUUCAUCUCAAGUAUCAAAACAAAAGAUGCACCAAAUAACUAUGUCAAAAAACAAAGAAUCACCUGAAGUUGAAAAGAAAACUGAGAUUAGUGCUGAAGUGGAUCAAGCUCUUUCCAAUUUAUCUUCUACUCCUGACGUAAUGCUUCAAACAUUCAAAGUUAUAAUUAGAAGUAAUGGGAAAAACGCGUCGCAAGUCGCAAGAGCUAUUAUCGAUACUGCUUCACAGCGAUCAUAUUUAUUAAGAAGUACAGCUAAAGAAAUGAACUAUGAACCUCAGAGUUGUGAAUAUUUACAACACUCUUUAUUUGGAGGGAAGGACUCAGGGAUAUGCAAGCAUGAUGUAUACACUUUAUAUUUAUCGAGUGUGCAUGGGAAUUAUAAUUGCAACUUUAAAGUUCUUAGUCAACAAAUUAUUUGUAAGUCAGUGCCACCUACUGUCAACAAGCUUUGUCUGAAAGAGUUAGCAGCCUGUAAUAUAAAUAUUGUGGAUGAUUGUCAAAAUCCUAUUGAGAUUCUUAUUGGGGCUGAUGUAGCUGGAAAACUCAUGACAGGUGGUCGUCGUGAGUUGCCUUGUGGUCUCGUAGCUAUUGAGACCAAAUUUGGAUGGUCAGUUAUGGGACGAAUGCCGAAUACUUCGAAAAGUGAGUUUUCAUCAUCGUUCUUAGUUACAUCCUUGUUAUCUACUGUGGAGACCAUAACAGAUCUAUGGACUUUGGACACACUUGGGAUCACUGACCCAUCAGUCAAGAAAAACCAGACUGAACUACAAGAAGCUGCUCGGUUACAUUUUCUAAAUACAGUUCGUAUAGUCGAUGAUCGUUUCGAGGUUGAUUUGAUUUGCCCUGCUUAUGGAGAUGUUUUCAAGGAAUGGCUAGAAGAGGGAGUAAUUGAAGAGGCUGAUAAAAAUUAUCAAGGGCAAGUUCUUUACCUUCCUCAUCGAGAAGUUAUCAAAAAGAAUAGCACUACAAAACUCCGACCGGUAUUUGAUGCUUCGGCCAAAGUAAAGGGAUUUCCUAGUCUUAAUGACUGCUUAGAAAAAGGCCCAAAUCUAAUAGAACAGCUUCCGAGUAUUUUAACACGCUUUCGAAAAGAAAAGAUUGGUGUUAUUGCUGAUAUACGAAGAGCCUUUCUUCAAAUAAGUGUUUCACCUACUGAUAGAGACUUUUUGCGGUUCUUAUGGCUUGAUAGUGAUGGUCAACUGAAAGUGUACAGGCACUGCCGUGUAGUUUUUGGUGUAGCAAGUAGCCCUUUUCUUCUAAACUCUACUAUUCAGCUUCACCUACAAACUGUUUUAGAGAAAAUAGAAACCGGUGAAUCCUUAUAUACGAAAGGUGUCAUUCAAAAACUUAUGCAUAGUUUUUAUGUUGACAAUUGUGUCAGUUGUGUUAAAAAUGAAGAAGAACUCAAUCAUUUUAUUAGUGUAUCAACUGAGGUAAUGGCUGAGAGAAAAUUUGAGCUUAGAGGGUGGGAGUUCAAUGAUAUUAAUGCUGAUGCUUCUGCUGAUACAAAUGUGCUCGGUUUAAUAUGGAAUAAAAAAUCUGACACUCUAAGAAUAAAUACUGGUAGUAUAAAAGAGUUAUGUUUUGAAAAAGUGACUAAGCGCUUAAUCUUAUCUACAGCUCAUAGAUUGUUUGAUCCUCUUGGUAUAUGUUGUCCUGUUAUCCUUAUCCCUAAGUUAUUACUUCAAGAAACUUGGAAGCAGAAGAUAACAUGGGAUGAAGAAGUUGAUACCUGUACGAGAACUACAUUUUUAAAAUGGUUGAAAGAUAUUGACUAUCUGGAAAAGAUCCAUUUUCCAAGAUAUUUUGGUUCAAGGAGUACGAGUGAAAAUACUUCAGUACAUAUUUUCUGUGAUGCCAGUAAGCAUGCUUAUGCCGUGGCUGCUUUCAUUCGUAUAAAAACUUUUGAUUCUACUAAAGUACAACUGAUACAAGCCAGGAGUAGAGUUACACCAACUGGAAAAGAAGAAACUACUAUCGCGAGAUUGGAAUUACUUGCAGCUACUAUAGCGUCUCGCCUUUCGUCCUCAAUUUUGUCUGAGAUACAGAGUGAAGAAGUUUACUUCUGGACUGAUUCUUCUACUGUUUUAGCAUGGAUAACGAGAGAAGAAGCCUGGAGUGUAUUUGUCCAGAAUAGGGUGAAGGAAAUAAGAAGACUAACAAAUAAAGAUUCUUGGAGACAUAUUCCUGGUUGCAUGAAUCCAGCUGAUCUUCCGAGUAGAGGUUGUUCAGCUCUCUCCUUAUUGAAAUCUCAGUGGUGGUUAGGUCCAAGUUGGCUUUACUUGCCUGAAGAAGAUUGGCCUAAAGGUGACUUAAAUUUAGAUGAGACUGAGAUUGUUAGAGAAAAGAAAAAGAGCAUAGUUUCUUCUGUAACAAAAUGUUUAGUUUCUGCAUGCUUGGUUACCAAGAGAGACUGGUAUUACAGAUAUUUUUCCCAAUACAAAAGGAUAGUUAAUCUAAUUGCCUGGAUCCUAAGAUUCACCUCCAAUUGUCGAACUGAAAAAACAGUGAGAAAGCAUGGAAACCUUGAUUCUGAUGAAAUUUUUGAGGCUGAGAAGUUAUUGAUCAAAAUGGUUCAAGAAGAUUGUUUUGUGAAUGAAAAGGAUGAGAAAUUAAGAACUUUAGGAGUAUUCAAGGAUCAAAGUGGAAUCCUCAGACUAAAAACUAAACUUACCUUUCGUGAGGAUACAGAAGACUUUAAAACGCCAGCUAUUCUUCCAUCCAAUCAUGAGGUUGUCAAGAGACUAGUGCGAUACUAUCAUGAGAAAAAUGCACAUGCUGGUACUCAAAUUUUAAUAAAUAUUCUACGAGAGAGAUUUUGGAUUCUGAAUGCUCGUAAAACUGUGAGAUCUAUCAUCAAUCAAUGCACCGUGUGUAGAAGAUUUUCUGCAAAGAACCUAGAAACUUGUACUGGGGCUCCUCCAGAAGAUAGAUUACGAGAAGAAAUCUGA